AUGGGGAGCGCCAAUGGCCCCUUUCGCUUUAGAGACUAGGGAAGUUUCUACCUAGAUGCCUCCCGCUGCAAGAUGGCAGAUGAUGGCGCUCCUCAGGGGCUUCCUCAGGAAAGGACAGGACUCCAAGCCAGGAAUUCCAGCUCGAGAUUUAUGCUGUACCUUUAAUUAUCCCAUGAAGUACAUCCUGGUAACUGGUGGUGUCAUCUCAGGCAUCGGUAAAGGAAUUAUUGCAAGCAGCAUAGGUACAAUCUUGAAGUCAUGUGGCUUAAGAGUUACUGCAAUCAAAAUAGACCCUUACAUUAACAUAGAUGCUGGAACCUUUUCACCAUAUGAGCAUGGUGAAGUGUUUGUUCUAAAUGAUGGAGGAGAAGUUGACUUGGACCUGGGAAACUAUGAAAGAUUCUUGGACAUUAACCUUUAUAAGGAUAAUAACAUCACCACUGGAAAAAUCUAUCAACAUGUUAUCAAUAAAGAGAGGCAUGGCGAUUACUUGGGAAAAACAGUUCAAGUUGUCCCACAUAUUACUGAUGCUGUGCAAGAAUGGGUAAUGAACCAGGCAAAGAUCCCAGUUGAUGGUGAUAACAAGGAACCACAAAUAUGUGUAAUUGAACUGGGUGGAACUAUUGGAGAUAUUGAAGGAAUGCCAUUUGUAGAAGCUUUCCGACAGUUUCAGUUUAAAGCCAAAAGGGAGAAUUUCUGCAAUAUCCAUGUUAGCCUUGUACCUCAGCCUAAUGCUACUGGAGAACAGAAGACAAAACCAACUCAAAACAGUGUUCGGGCUUUAAGAGGUCUUGGCCUGUCUCCUGAUUUGAUAGUCUGCAGAAGUGCUAAACCUAUAGAAAUGGCUGUGAAAGAAAAGAUAUCCAUGUUUUGUCAUGUGGAACCAGAACAGGUAAUUUUCAUCCAUGAUGUUUCUUCCACUUACCGAGUACCAAUUCUUUUGGAAGAACAAGGCAUCAUUAGACAUUUUAAAGAGAGACUAAAUCUGCCAAUUGAUGACCGACCAAGUGAACAACUUUUCAAAUGGAAAAAAAUGGCAGAUAGAUAUGAGAGGAUGUUGAAGACAUGUUCUGUAGCACUGGUUGGCAAAUAUACAAAACUGAGUGAUUGCUACGCAUCAGUUUUCAAGGCUUUGGAACAUUCAGCUCUAGCAAUAAACCACAGACUGAAUUUAAUGUAUAUAGAUUCAGCAGACCUUGAACAUAAAACAGAGGCUGAGAAUCCAGUGAAAUUUCAUCAAGCCUGGCAAAAACUUUGCAAAGCAGAUUGUGUAUUAGUUCCUGGAGGUUUUGGACACAGGGGAACUGAAGGAAAACUUCAAGCAAUUUCCUGGGCAAGGAAGAAGAAAAAGCCUUUUCUUGGAGUCUGUUUGGGAAUGCAGCUGGCAGUAGUGGAGUUUGCAAGGAAUUGUUUAAACUGGAAAGAUGCAAAUUCUACAGAAUUUGACUCAGAUACAAAGAAUCCUGUCGUCAUUGAUAUGCCUGAACACAAUCCUGGAGACAUGGGAGGUACAAUGAGAUUAGGAAAAAGGAAAACCAUCUUUAAAACAGAAGAUUCUGUUCUACGAAAACUCUAUGGUGAUCAGAUUUUUGUAGAAGAACGACACAGACAUCGCUAUGAGGUAAAUCCUGAGUUGACUCACUUCUUUGAAGAGAAAGGCUUGAAAUUUGUUGGCCAUGACACUGAAGGAAAACGAAUGGAGGUCAUUGAAUUGGAUGAUCAUCCAUAUUUUAUUGGUGUCCAGUUCCAUCCAGAGUUUUCUUCCAGACCUAUGAAGCCCUCACCUCCCUAUCUGGGUCUGUUGCUUGCUGCAACAGGGUCGCUCCGUGCAUAUUUGCAACGUGGAUGUAAAUUGUCUCCUAGAAAGAGUGACAGCUACAGUGACCUCAGUGAUGAGAAUUUUCCAGAAAAAGAUCUUCCAGAAUCAGAUACAAGGAUGCUACCUUGUCCCAUGUGAACUCAGUCUCAUCAACUUAGGACAGUCUUGAGAAUGGUACAGCACAGGACCAGGCAGUGUCGGAGUGCCCAGAUACCUGAUUUAUUUUCCCAGAUUUCUUUUUAUGCUACCCACAUUGACCCCCCCUCCCCAAAAAUCUCAAAAAUAACAAAUCAUAUUGUAUUGUAAUGCAGUAAUGUAUCCCCCCCCCCCCCCGCCCCAAGUUUGUCUGAUGUACUAUUAGGAGAGCAGUAUUGUUACCUCAUUACCAACAGUCUUGUAUGUACUGCUUCUUUGGAGACCCUUUAGAGAGUAGUGGAGAUAACUUGGUCAACCAACGAUAUGCUUAUUAUUGCACUUUCUUAAGGAAAAGGAGUUCUUUGUAGAAUAAGAUAUGUGUUUUAAUUUACUAUAUUAAGAGACAACUGUGAGAAAGAAAUUGCAGAAGGUAUCCUGUACUUCAGAGUUCUAUAUUUUAAAAAUGUUUUCCUCCUCUAAAUAAAAUUUGGUAAAUAUA